CGUCACGAUCACGCCGGGUGGGCCGAUGCGGCGGCGUGAGGCGGCCUACGGUGGCCGGUGGGGGCCGAGCGGGCGCGGCGUGGGGCGGCGUGGGGCGGCCGGGUCGGGUCGGUGCGGGCACCAUGGAGUACGUGACGGCCGAGCAGCUGGCCGGCUUCAGCAAGUAUAAGUACAGUGCUGUGGACAGCAACCCUCUGUCUGUGUACGUCAUGCAUCCCUUCUGGAACACGAUAGUGAAGAUCUUCCCUACUUGGCUGGCCCCAAAUCUCAUAACAUUUUCUGGCUUCCUGCUGCUUGUCUUCAACUUCUUCCUCAUGGCAUACUUCGACCCUGACUUUUACGCUUCUGCUCCUGAGCACCAGCACGUUCCAAAUGGAGUAUGGGUCGUUGUGGGUCUCCUCAACUUCAUUGCCUACACGUUAGAUGGUGUUGAUGGCAAACAAGCUCGCAGGACCAACUCCAGCACACCCUUAGGAGAGCUUUUUGACCAUGGCCUGGACAGCUGGGCUUGUGUGUACUUCGUUGUGACAGUCUACUCCACCUUUGGAAGAGGCUCCACGGGUGUCAGUGUCUUCGUUCUCUACCUCCUGUUAUGGGUGGUGUUGUUUUCAUUCAUCCUCUCCCAUUGGGAGAAGUAUAACACAGGGAUUCUCUUCCUGCCCUGGGGAUAUGACAUCAGCCAGGUGACCAUUUCAAUUGUCUACAUAGUGACAGCCAUUGUGGGAGUAGAGGCCUGGUAUGCACCUUUCCUGUUUAAUUUCUUAUAUAGAGACCUAUUCACUACAAUGAUUAUUGCUUGUGCUCUCACUGUGACGCUGCCGAUGAGCCUGUAUAACUUCUACAAGGCCUAUAAAAAUAACACCUUGAAGCACCACUCGGUUUAUGAGAUCAUGCUGCCACUGGUGUCCCCAGUGUUGCUUUUUGUUCUCUGCACCAGUUGGAUUUUUGUUUCACCUAUGGACAUCCUGGAGGUCCAUCCCAGGCUCUUCUAUUUCAUGGUUGGAACCGCCUUCGCUAACAUUUCUUGCCAGCUGAUUGUCUGUCAGAUGAGCAGCACUCGCUGCCAGCCUCUGAACUGGAUGCUGCUGCCCAUAGCCCUGGUGCUCUUUGUGGUGGUGUCUGGAUUUGCACCCAGCAGCGAAACACUUCUCCUCUACCUGUUAACUGCAUUCCUCACCCUGGCACACAUCCACUAUGGAGUGGUCGUGGUGAGCCAGCUGAGCAGGCAUUUCAAUAUACGACCCUUCUCACUAAAGAAACCCACGCCGGAUUGACUAGGAAUGGAGGAAGAGAAAAUCAGCUUGCGGUCUGCAGAAGUACUGUAAAUAUCUGCUGCAAAUACCUGUAAAUAGUUCAACCAUCACCACAGAUCUAAACCUAUCCUCUGGACAGACAUCAGGGCAACGUACACGUGGUAUCCAGUGCAGCCAGGGCGGGACUGGUACGGGGCAGCCUCUGCUGCUUUUCAACCAACACAAGCCUACAGUUUUGGGUGAAGCUGGACAAGCUUCAGAUCGCCUUCAGGUCACUACUACUGUAUUUCAGACCAGCUGAAUGUUCCCAGUACAACCUCUAUCCCCAGCACUUGUUCAGGUAAAGCCGGUUGGGGAUGCAAAUGGCUUUACCUGAGCAGAGCACCUUGACCUAUCACCAAACCCAGCAUAACAGCUGAUUUCUGCAAGGUCAGGGGGACAUCCUUGUGGUCGAGUUCCUGUCUUUCCCUAACCCUCUUAGCCUUUGACCUGGGCUGGUACUUAAGGAGCAGAUGGUGACAGUUCUCUCACAUUCUGUCCUGCCUUCUUGCACUCAUUUAUUUGGACAAAUGCUGGCACCUUUUUUUUUUUUAAAGGAGAUGUUAAAGCCACAAAACUUACAGUAACGUUUUACUUUAGGAGGCUUAGGAAUUAGGGCUCAAAAGGACAUAAAAGUGGCAAGGCAGCUUUCCUCCCUUGCCCAAGUGGUGGGUACUGGGACCAUGUUGAUGCUGUCUUUGUGUGUUCUCUGCCUGCAAGCUGAGCUUUCUGAUGGCAGCAAAAUGUGGCUUACACCAACCUGUGUAACACAAAGCCAAACCCUUUCAGUGGGAUGAACUUGCUGCUCUGGGUUGGCUCUGCUGGGUCCCUGAGCCUCUCCUUGCAUAGCAGUGCAGCCAGGCUGCACAUCACCCUUCCACCAGAUCACCAAUAGCAGCAAAUCCACAGCUUGGAGAAGCACCUUAAUGUAUGUCAUGUUGGUUCUGUGUGCACUUUCAGAAAGCUCACAGGUUGCGUGUAUGUGUCUGUGCGUGUGGUGACUUUCCAGACAUCACUUUGUUUUCAAGCUCGUUGUCCACAGCAGCUGCAUGUCUCAUCCAGGGAUAUCUUUGUUUACUGUCCAUUUGUAAAAGACAUGUUUGCAUUAAUUUUUUUUUUUUUUUUUUAAAAAGAACAUUUUUAUAAUUGAGUUAAUGGGUGGUGAAGACUGAACGCUGAUUUUCUUUUCUGUUCAAUUUAUUUAAUGAAGAUCUGUGCUUGAAUGAAGAGUGUAGCUUAAACCCAGGCUCUGGAAAGGCUGCAUCCGGAAGCAAACAAGCACAGCAGGUUGUGCAUAUGUAAUCUACCAUGGGAACAAAGUCUCUUACACACUGAUCAUUGUACGGCGUGGUUCGUGGACGCCCGGUCACAGCAUUUUCCUUCUGCAGGUGAAGUCCCUUCUUCCUGCUUUAGGGAACCUUCAAACUGUUAACUACUAUUUAAUGCUUUUUAUUUUUUGGUGUGUUUUUGGUUGUUUUUUUUUUUUUUUUUUUUGGUGAAUUUGAAUCAUUGUCAUACAGACUUGAAACCCCGAGGCAGCACCUGGUGGUCGGUCUGUCUGUGUGUCUGUCUGGCUCCGUGUCUGUGAAGGUGGCUCGCCUGGGAGAGGGGGUAAAUGGUUUUCAGAGUUAUUAAAUAAAGUAGCAUACACAGUAUGUUUUACUGACAUUGUACAGAAAAAAA